AUGCGUGCCACUCAACUACUCGCUCUCUCGGGCCUCAUGCUGGCCGGCAAGGUCGCCGUCGCCGCGGAACUCGACCGCGACGACGUCCCUAAUCGCUGCUGGGACGUCUGCGGACCUGUAGUCGGCACCGCGCACCGAUGCGACGGCAUGCACGACCGCGACCGCGCCGAGAUGGAUUGCAUCUGCGACUGGAACCAGGCGCCGUCACUGGUUCCGCUCUGCGAGGCCUGCAUCGCCGACUACCGGGCCGACAGGAACAACACCAACCGCGACCGUCACUACGACGAGGAGCACGACCUGUUCGAUGACGAUGACGACGAUGAUGAUGAUGACCGCGACCCGCAUCACAAUGACGCAUACGACAUCCUCCGCUCCUGCUCCUUCUCAACCACAUCGUACAACGCCGCAGCCGCUACUUCAGCCCUGAGCAACACCGCAUCUGCCACCGGUUCUAGCUCUCGCUCUGGCUCUACCGGCUCGACCACCGUCAGCGCCACAGAUUCCAGCACCAGCGCCACCUCGACCAACGGCGGCAGCGGAGGCAGCGGAUCCUCGAAUGAUGACAGCAACAGCGCCGACAGCGCACAAACGACCGACAACGCGGCGCCGGGAUCCUCCGCGCCCCAGGCUGCUUCUUUGGCUGCUAUCAUCGGGUUGGGAUUUGUUGCUAUGCUGUGA